UAUGUGGUUCUAUACUCAAGAGCUAUGGCAAUUUUAUAUGCUUACUCGAGAUUUAUCCCACAUCUUCUCAUGAUUUUGGUCCAAAUUGGCUAUUCGUUUCUCUACUUUCUUGCAGAAGCUGCCUUCAGUCAUGGGAUGAGCCCUCAUGUCUUUGUUACUUAUCGAUAUAUUGUAGGCGGCUUGGUGAUGUUUCCGCUUGCAUAUUUUCUUGAGAGAAAAGUGAGGCCAAAGCUAACACUUGUGUUGUUUCUGGAGAUAUUUGUGCUUUCUCUUCUAGGGGCCAGCUUAACUGUUAACAUUUACUUUGCAAGCUUGAGAUACACUUCUCCUACCUUCAUUACAUCAAUGGCCAACACCGUUCCCUCCAUGACUUUUAUAAUUGCAAUUAUGCUCAGGUUGGAGAUUGUCAAUUUAAGGAACCCUCGUGGAAUAGCUAAAAUUGUCGGAACCUUAUUAUCGCUGGCUGGGGUCUUGACCAUCACUUUAUACAAAGGACCUGAGGUGCAAAGCUUGCAGGGUGCUCCAAUCCAUAUCAAAAGCAACGCUUCUCAACAGAACUGGGUGAAGGGAUCUAUUCUGCUCGUUGUGAGUUGCAUAACAUGGUCUCUCUGGUUCAUCAUGCAGGCAUACACGUUGAAAAGGUAUCCUGCACAAUUAUCACUGUCUGCAUGGAUAAACGGCUUCGCGGCAGCACAAUCAGCUGUCUUCACUGUGUUCAUGCAACAUAAACCAGCAGCAUGGUCCAUCGGAUCCAGCAUCGUAUUCUGGUCCAUCAUAUAUGCUGGAGUCAUUAGUUGUGGCUUGACAGUCUCCAUUCAACUAUGGUGCACUGAACAAAAAGGGCCAGUCUUUGUGACCAUGUUUAGUCCCCUUGCAACUGUAAUGGUCGCCAUCCUGGCGUACUUUCUUUUUGGUGAAGAGUUGCACGCAGGCAGCAUAUUGGGAGGAGCUGUUGUUAUUAUCGGACUUUACAUGCUGCUGUGGGGAAAAGAAAAGGAUGGAGUUCAAAACAAGUCCCAAAAACAAUCUCUUUCCACUAAUGGUAAGGAAAAGUUAAGCCACUUAGCAGUGGAAAGUUCAGCAGGAAGAGACAAUGAAACAGGACUUGAGAAAUAAAUCAAGAAGUGGGUCCGGCAUCAAUGCAUCCUACAUUUCUCAGAUCAUGAUAUAGGAAAUGAAAGGUAUAGCAACCAAAUCAAAGCUCAUAUAUUACGCGCUUGCGAAGAAUUAGUUUCGUAUUGCUUUUGUAAAGGAAGCAAGGGGGCAAAAAAUAACUAAAGGAGUCUUACCCUGCUUUUAACUUUAUGGAGCAAGCAUAAUAAACGUCUGGUUAAACUACAAA